AGACACAUAUUUUAUGCUGUAUUAUCGUGAAAUUAUGCAUAAAAGGAAAGGCUCUAAUAUUACAAAAAAAAAACAGUGAAAUUCUGUUUAUUCACUUAGAAACACUGGUUUAUAAUAGAAUAACUGAUUUUGGUUGUGAAAAGCCAUGUUUUUCGAAGAUGAUGAAGGAUAUUUCAAUCCUGAAAUAUUUCACGUUCAUCCAGAGUUUUUUAGCAUGAGUUCAUCUCUAGUGCCAAUACCAACAUUUGCUCUAAGAAGUAUUCCUACACAUACUGAAGAUGGAAUUCCAAUCAGGAAGCUGUAUGUGUCUAACUUGCCACCUAAGACAACAAGAACAGACCUAUUUGGAGUAUUUGCUCAGUAUGGGUUCAUCAAAAGCUGUUGGCUGAGGAUGGGAGACAAAGGGCCUCACAAGACUCCCAAACCUACAUACGCCUUUGUCACAUUUAGCAAUCCAGCCGACGCUCAUAAGGCUCUCCAAGCACCAAUGCACGAAAAAAUGAUACAAGGUCGAAAUCUCAAAAUAUCACCAGCCGACAGUUGGCAUCAACCGUCUGAAGAUCCAGAUGGUAACGUCAACUGGAAACCACAGCGCAGGGAAGAUGGCAGCAGCCCAUCCAGUUGGAAUAGAACUCAGCAUGAUCCUGAGGGUAAUAAUGCAGAAUCUUCAGAGACACCCAAAGCAGAAAAUAGUGAAAAUCCAAAUGAAGAAACGGAGGAUAGUGAUCAACCGUACAACAUACUGGACAUCCUCAAUGUUGACUGCUUGUCACACAUUCUCACCUAUGUUCCUAUCAAUGAUCUAAUCAGAUCUGAGAGAGUUAGCAGGAGAUGGCAAAACAUGGUACAAGAAUAUUUACUGGGCAUUCGCAUGUUCAAGACGUCGUGGUGGCAGCACGCGCCGGUGAAGCUGACGACGGCCGUGCUGCGGCGCCUGCUGCAGCGGCUGGGCGCCUCGCUGCUGCGCCUGCACAUCGACCACCAGGCGUCCGCGCUCAACGACCGCACGGCGCACACCGUCGGCAAGUUUUGCCCGCACCUCGAGGAGCUCAAGGUGGUUGGAAUGCUAACGAAAAACUGGAACCCGCUAAUUUAUGGAUGCAAAAAUCUCAAAAGCUUGUCAUUUGUCUCGUGUAGUAAGCUAUCAGAUUCAAGUUUAAUACAUCUUGUGAAAAAAGACUCCUGCAUAGAAAGUUUGACAGUUAAAAACAACAGCCAUGUAACGGGUCUAUUCCUCACUGGAUCAAAUCCACCAAAGCUUACUUCUUUAGAGUUUUUCAACUGCUGCUGUCUUCAAGGCGGCGUCUUGAGCACGGCAGUUGACAGCCUUCCCAACCUCACCACACUCAAGUUGGACGUCUGUCUCCACAAAAUGUGGGAAUUUAUCCCUUCAAUCCUAAACAAGCUGCCGAAACUUCGGGACCUGUCUCUCAGUGAAUACACGUCGUCGGAAUUGUACCUUUCGACUGAAAACGAAGCCUUCUGCAAAUCUCUGAGCAGUCUGACAGAAUUGAAGAGGUUAAACUUGAGCAGAAACAUUUAUAUCACUAACUCUGUAUUGAAAACGGUGGCGCAAUCUUGUCCGGACCUAGAAUCACUCAAUGUAUCGAGCUGCAAUUCCAGAAGGACUUCUUCACAUAAUGGCGUGGGCGAUGAGGGCAUAGCAGCGGUGUGCGCGGGCUGCUCCUCACUGACGUCGCUAGACGUGUCGUACCUGGCGACGCUCAGCGACGCGGGGCUGAGUGCGGCGGCGCGACUGUCGCGCCUGGUGUCCCUGACGGCGCGCGGCAUACCCGCGCUCUCCUCCGCACCGUUCUGCGCAGUGCUCGCCUCCUGCCAUCUGCUCGAGGAGAUCGACGCAUGCGGCUGCGACAAUGUGACGGGCGAGGUGAUCGUGGCGGCGAGCGAGGAGCUGCGCGCGCGGCCCCGCCCCGUCGCGCUGUACCUCGCCUCCACCGCCGCCGCGUUCAUUGACGGCCCGCAGGAAUACAACCCCCACAAGCUGCUGACAGUGAACCUGUCCGAGGAUCGCAGCAACCCACACCUGCGUGUCGACUUCGUGGACAGCGUUUACGAUGAGGACUCCGACCGCUCCUUCGACGACAUCUAUGACCACGAGGACUUCGACGACUACAUGGGAGAAGAUGAUGACCUGGAGCUGUUCUUGGAUGACGAGGAUGAUGAUCUGGAAGACUAUGAAGCCAUCCUGCGCAUGCACUGUGCUAACGUCCUCCUGCUUUAAGAAACCUAUACUAAUUACUAAUCAGCUACAAUUUAUCACUAUUGUAAGCACAUGUGAAUUUAGAUUUUUGGUGUAUUAUUUUAAAAGUGUAUAAGUAUUAUAUUGGUUUGUCGUGAUUUUAAUAGUGACACUGUCUAUUAAUUUUCGUUCAAAGCAAUCGAGUCAUUAAGAUUUUUUAGAGGAAGCAUUUUUGUUUUUAUUUUUAUUAUCAUAAAAUAUUAAGUUAUUCCUGCCUCAGUACAACUGGUUAUAAGUCUUAACAGAAUUUAAACAUUCGCCAGAAAUUCAUGUCUACUUAGAAUGGAUAACAAAAUGAAAAGAGUGCCUCCACAGCAUACAACAAAUCUGGUGUUUAGUGAUUGUUUACUUUAAUAUACAUUAAAAAAGUCUGAAACAUUGUGAUAGAAUGUAAAUUAUUCAUGUACUUUUUUCAUAACUGGUAUUGUUUUGUAUAAUAUUAUGUAUGUAAUGAAUUGAAAUGUAAGGUAAGUUAAUGUUGGUCGCACAUAACAGAAUGACGACGAACGAUGUUAUCGUUGAUACAGUGAUCGCAAAACAAGUAGGUACAGUGGACCCCCGAUAAUCCGGCCCAUGUGUAAUGCGGCACCUCCUGUAAUCCGACAGGUCUAUUAGGUUACAUACAUGUAUUAUUAUGGAAUAUUUUUAUGACAAGCUUCGCUAAUGUAGAUAUGCAGAUAUGCAGGAUUGAACAGGCACCACUAUUGUAUUAAUUUACUAAAUAAGACAUACAUAAUGAAGUAUGAUUUGUACUUAAGAGUAAUAACACAUAAAAUCUUAUCAUUGGAUCUGUAAAUUGUCGGAUUAUAAGGUACUCUUAUGUAAAAAUUCUGGACUAUAGGUGGUCUUAGGCAUUACUCUAUAAUCCGAUAGUUCGACACUGCCCUGCAAAACGUUGUUGAAUUACAGGGGGUCCAAUCUGAAGUAGCACCGUGGCGGUUGCGCAGCUCAUAAACUAAAGAUUAAAUACACAAUCCCAGCACAGAUCAGCCCCCUGAUCCGUAAGAAAAACGGAUUCAUGGUUAUCGUCAAGAAAUUCUGCCCUUUGAUUGGCUGUGAAAAAAGGUAAACUGCGAAUGGACCAAUCAAAGGACAUAAUUUCUUAACGAUAACCUUUUCUUACAAAAUCGGGGUGCUGAUUGUGUACAAUGAACAGUCAUACUCUUCCUGUUCAGUUUGGACGACUUGUUUUGCGUGCACUAUACACGAUUAGUUUUAUACUGACAGACCGCAUAUCGUCGCUGCACAUGAAAAUUCCGCUAUGUGGAAAAUCAUUAGUUGUCAGGUGACUCUAAAUAUGCUGUUAAUAAGUGUGUAAGUUGAAAAAAAAUAUGCUGUACUUUUAGAUCAAAAUCAAAUGGCUAAAAAGAUUAUCUCUUGAUCUAGCACACAUGCUAAAGAACGGGUUUCUACAUGUACACACACCUUUUAAAACCAAACAAAAUGACAUCAAAAAUCCUAAAAAAUACAUAACGGAUUUUGCAUGUGCAGCAACGAUAUUGUCUGUAAUUUGUAAACUUGAGUUAUAUUACAAAACUUGAUUACAAUCUAUUUUUCCUUACUGAAUUAAAGGGAAAUGAAGAAACGUGUAAUGAGCAUCAAUGGACCUUUUAAUUCAGCUAGGGAAAGAUUUUAGGAAAACCGCAAAACUAUAUUCAUUGAUUGCCUCAUAAAACUAAUUCAAUGCUGAUGGUAUUUGUGAUGUUUUAAGUGUAUAUUAAUUGUAUAUGCUUGAUGAAUAAUGUAAACAAUACCCCAUUAAGAUAGUUAAUUAUGACAAUAGGACAGGCCCACUUCUGUGACAGUAUAUAUAUUAAUUAUAUUAUUAAUGUAUAAAGAUUAUGAUUGUUACAUAAACUAUAAGUCUGCUGCAAUGCCAGAAUAUGCCAUGGCUGUAAUUAUCUAGCCUCAUAGACCUGCCAUGGACCACAUUAAAGAUAAUAAU